AUGAAAGAGCAUGGGAAUCCAAAACCAGUGGAUAUUGAUGCGACUUCAGCAACACAGAAAUUAACAUUUUCAGCUGAAUCGCAUGAAGCGAAGGAUACUUUAGCAUUUGUGGUACGAGGGAAUCGAUCCCUACAACAAGGAUCGAAACUCGAGUACUACCCACAUGUUAUGAAAGAUGGAGUAAAGAUGAUUCGGCUCAAUCAAAUUGAAGUAGAAGAAGAGACCCGGAAGUGGAAAUCAAGCUUAAUUGGCUAUGUACUCGCUGGCUCACCUUCCUUCAAGGAGAUGCUGAAAUUCGUUUAUGAUGUUUUGCACUUUGUGGAUACUCCACAGGUGUAUUUACAUGAUGACAAAUACUUUAUCUUUCGAUUUCAAUCUGAUGAAGACAAAUUGAAGGUAUUAAAGUAUGGACCGUACACGUUUAAUAAUAGACCUGUGAUGCUGAAGCAGUGGGUACCCGAUUUUGACAUUAGUAAGGAGUCCAAUCGUAUUGUUCCUACAUGGGUAAUCCUUCCUGGGUUGCCGAUACAAUAUUGGGUAACUAAGAAUUUGGGCAGAAUCGCGAGCUAUCUAGGUAAACCAGUAUGUACUGAUAAGUUAACAACACAAGGAGAUAGAAUUUCCAAUGCUAGAAUUCUGGUGGAUAUGGAUAUAUCACAACUACUUCCUAAUUUUAUACUGAUCGAAGAUGAAAAUAAGGGUUGUAAGGAGCAGAGGUUAGAAUAUAAAUGGAAGCCUUCUUAUUGCCAAGUACUGGUAAUUGCAAGAAGGAGCAUGAGUCUGAUGAUAAACCUGAACUUGAUAAGGGAGAAGAAAAGUAUUGCAAAGGAAGAAGACAAAAGCAGAAAAAAUAACAACCAACAGCACAAUGGAAAGUAA